UUUCAUUCCGUAAUUCCGGAUUUCAACCCGCGAUGGCCACCUCCACGUUGACGCCGGCGGUGGACCUGCUACACCAGGCGCUCCAGUCGAACAUCAUCCCGAACCAGGAAUUUCUGCUGCAGGGUUCGAUUUUGGACUCGGCCGCCGAGCAUUUGCUGCACCGGUUGCGUGGACUUUGCGACAAUGUGGACACCGGACCGGAAACGUUCUCAGACUAUGAGAUGUGUCUUAGUUUGAAGGUUCCGAAUGAAAAGGCCCCCGUGAUGACCCUCCGCGUCCGCAAAGCCCAAGACGUGGACGCUCCCUACCAGCUGCGUUACAUCGGCCAACCAGAGCUGGGUGACCGCACCCGUCCCACCCUGGUCCGCAGCAGCCUGGACAUUGCCUGUUCGCCGCACGUGGUCGACUUCCUCACCGAGAUGGGCUUCCGGGUGGACUUUGAGUACAUCACCAAGGGCUACAUGUUCCGGAAGGGCCGCAUGAAGGUCACCGUGUCCAAGAUCUUCAAGGUCAACAGCGCGGAGCCAAUUUCGCAGAGUUAUCUGGUGGAACUGUCGGUGCUCGCUCCGACCGGACAGGACGCGAUCGCCGAGGACAUGAGGAUCUUUGCGGAACAGCUCAAACCGCUCGUGCAGUUGGAGAAGAUCGACUACAAACGGUUUGCCCAAAUGCCCUAAGCAAUCGCGAGACACAAUAAAUUAAGCAAAUAUACUGAAAAUAAUUAAAAAUUGCCUAAUCGGAA